UGAUCUCACUAUGUUCACCAAAACAGUGUUGUUAAACGGUCUAACCAUAAUCUCUCGCAGUCGCUCUGCAAUCAACAGUUUGAACUUCCCUCGGUUUAGAGAUUAAUGGCUAGAGGCAGAAACGUACGUUGUAGGGGAGUCGGAUUAGAAUAGCAUGUGACAUGGGUGGACAUCGACGAUAGACGGAGUAGGGAACAGAGGGUAGAGCUAGUGAAUGUGAUUCGGUCGUGACCGAGCAGCUGACUCACCAGCACAAUUAAUGUUGACGCUUUAGUGAAAUCGCGAAUCUCUUGCAGCCUCAAUCAAAACACAACUCUUGCGAGUGCCUCACAUCCACAUCGCAAAACUCUCGUGCCUAAGAUGGACGAAGCAAUUCUGACCGUCAGCAAUGAACUACAGAGUGAUAUGGUUGUAUCUUGGCUGUCAGACCAUUGCUACCAGUGCUUGUUCCAGCCUCUUGGUGUAGUACCAGCAGGCCCAGGACCUGGGCUCCCGAGUGUGGUAGACUUCACCGUGAGCACACAGCACCCCGUCACCCUUCAGCUCAACAGCUCCCCUGUCAACCUAGAGCAGUGCAGGCUUCAUUUCCAUUUUGGUGAGCAUGGAAAAUACUCAUUGUGGGUGAAGAAUCUCAACGAUCCAGCAGAGGUGAACUGCUCCUUAGUCACUGAAACAGAACCUGUGAACAGCUACUUGCCUAUUCUGUUCGCAUUCCUUGGUUUUACCGGCUUGGCUGUGCUGGCUGCUAUUGGAAAUACAAUAAUGGGACUGGAGGUCGUGAAAAAUCAUCUUCUGCGUUGGGGAAAUGCUAUGGAGACUGACAGACUCAUCAACUCGGAGCUUGGCCCAUCGAGUCGCUUGGUGGAGCCCUCUGUGGAAGUGGCCAUACCCGCCACGGCUGGUAGGAGGCUUCGGUCGCUUGACACAUUCCGAGGGUUCUCCCUAGUCAUAAUGGUCUUUGUAAACUACGGAGGUGGAAGAUACUGGUUCUUUAGGCAUGAGAGCUGGAAUGGGCUGACUGUGGCAGAUUUAGUAUUUCCAUGGUUUGUCUUCAUCAUGGGCACCUCCAUUGCUCUGUCUACAAGCGGCUCGCUGCGUCGAGGGGCCUUCCGCUCCCACCUACUGGGGAAAGUCCUGUGGAGAAGCGUCCAGCUCUUCCUCAUUGGCCUCAUCGUCAUCAAUCCAAACUACUGCCAGGGGCCAUUGGGGUGGGACUCCUUACGUAUUCCUGGAGUGUUACAGCGACUGGCAUUUUCCUACCUGGUUGUUGCCUCUCUGGAUCUUCUGGUUGCUAGAGUUCGACUUGAUAACCUGCCAUUGAAUGCCUGGUGGUACCCAGUCUGUGACUUCCUCCUAUACUGGCCUGCCUGGCUGUGUGUGCUUCUCCUGGAAGCGUUGUGGCUGUCCCUGACCUUCCUCCUUCCUGUUCCUGGCUGUCCAAAUGGCUAUUUGGGGCCUGGUGGACUAGGGGACUUUGGCCAGUACCCAAACUGCACGGGGGGAGCAGCAGGCUUCGUCGACCGUUGGCUUCUGGGAGAGUCUCACAUUUACCAGACGCCAUCAUCAAGGGUUGUUUACCGGUCCACAGCGGCAUAUGACCCAGAGGGAGUGUUAGGCAGCAUAAACUCCAUCCUGAUGGCUUUCCUUGGUCUUCAGGCUGGAAAGAUUCUUCUUCACUACAGUGAUCUUCACUCUAAAAUAAUUUCCAGAUUUCUCAUAUGGGGGUUUGUCCUGGGUGUAUUAUCUGCGGUCCUGACCAAGUGUUCUAAAGACCAUGGUUUCAUCCCUGUCAAUAAAAACCUAUGGUCUCUGUCUUAUGUGACUACGCUCAGCUGUUUUGCCUUUGUUAUUCUGGGUGCGGUGUACUACAUAGUGGAUGUGAAGAAAUGGUGGUCUGGCACUCCUUUCUACUACCCAGGUAUGAACUCCAUCUUGGUGUACAUGGGCCAUGAGAUCUUUGAGGAAUACUUCCCCUUCCGCUGGCGGAUGGCAAACAGCCAGUCCCAUGCCGAGCACCUUGCCCAGAACCUGGUGGCCACAUCUAUAUGGGUGUUCAUCUCCUAUGUGCUCUACAGGAAGAAGAUUUUCUGGAAGAUUUAAGUGUGUUCUGGGUGUGGGAUAAGGUUUCUUCCGGGACAAAGGGAGACUAAAUGUGACAAUACUGUACAAACGUUUGGGCCUUUUCAGUGGAACUGAUACAGUGGGGUUUUUUGUUAUUGUAUUGGGCCCAGCUCCCUGUGGAUGCUGCAGAGACCAUGGAUUCAAGCAAACUGCUAGCCCUCAAUUGCCAAUACCACAUAAAGGCAAAGUGUGUUCAGAUCGCAUGAGCUUUUUCCUUUGUGUGGAGCUUGGAGUGACGAUCAGUCCUACAAGUCUAUGGAUAUGUUUUCAAAAGCCGUUGUCCUGAGGCUUUUUUUUUUUUUUUUUUACUGAUCCAAAAAAGA